AUUUUGAGAAUAGUAUCAAAUGAAUGUGAAUGCCAAGCUUGACAGCAGGUUCUGAAAGACGAAGUACUGAUUCAAUGUGAUUUGAGAGGAUGGUGGUGGACGGAAGUAAAAAUUUACUGUUCAGUAAGGGAUCAGAUGUAGGGUAGGUGUGCUGGAUUUGAACAAAAGGGAAUGACAGUGGGCUGCGACUUCCCAACUUUGUAGAAGUUAGACGGGUUGCUCCCACUCAGUUCUAACCUGAGCUCCACAUCUAUUCUAGCAAGACAGAAUCAACCCUGCUCCAUCGAAAUAGACAUCCAGUUGUGUUGCUUGACUCUGGUGGAGCAAAAGAAAAUUCAUCCGCUGUUUGGACUAUCGACUAUCGUUAAACAUUCAGAUUGUUUCUACACGCACCCAAGUCGACAAUACCAUGUUUUCACGCCAGAACCAAGAGCAAACCCAAGCCUCAUCCUCAAGCCAAAGCCUCCGUAGCACGGCAUCAUUCAAGCAUCGCUUCGGUCUUGACGACGAUGAUGAGAAAGGCCAAACUGCACAACCACCUUCUUCCAAGCGACGUUCCGUCACUUUCGCCCCGUUCUUUGGCCCUGGCUCAGGCAGAGGCGACGACAAAAGCUACGACAAUGGUUACUUCAGCGAUGCCGGUCGCCGCCACCACCGUCGACGACGGUCCAGUACGCCUGAGUCGCCAAUCGUGGAGAAUCUUCAAGGUGCGUGUAACCCAUCGCAUCCAUCCCCAUUUAUUCCAUGGAUCUUCGUAGAACGCCUUAUACCCACCUUACCCAAUCUAACAGCAAAAGCAGCCAAUUACUCCAACCUUCGCACCUCCCUACACUCCACCGCCCUAACAGAUCUGGAGUCUGCUCAGGAGGUGCUCACCACGGAAGCCACGUCAAAGAUCAAGUCCAACCGCGAAGCGCUAGCGAAACUCGAGUGCGCCUACGGCAAGCUCGUGGCGCCCAUCUCCCAAGUCACGGUCAAAGAGGACUACGUGGCUGACUCGCCUGCCGGCAGCCCGCGCGAUGCCGUCAUGGUGGACAUGUCGACGGCAGUACCCGAGUUCGAGGCGCGCGUGUCCGCCACCGUCAAGGAGCUCGACACGCUCUGGGCAUCGUAGGAGGAUGCUCAGGCCGAGAUCGAGGCCCUGGGGAAGGAACUACUGCCGCUUGCGCACCAGGU